GAGGUGCCAGUUCCUCUCUGACCCCAUACCCCGGCCCACACAACUGCAGGCUCGGGGCCGCUAUGAGGAAGCCGAGCUGCUGUACCGGCAGGCACUGGAGAUUCGCAGCGGCCUCAAGAGAGCUGGUGGCGUGAGCCGGGUGAGGCUGGGCGACUCCCACCCGGAUACGAUGAGUAGCAUGUACAACUUGGCCAACUUGCUGAAGACGAUGGGCCAAUUGGAGGAGGCCGAGCAGCUCUUCCGCGAAGAGCUCGAGCUGUGUCGGUCUGUCCACGGCGCCCAACACAAGGAGACCGUCAGCUCCACCAGGAGCUUAGCCAAGUUCCUGAAGGAGCUGGGCCGGGAGACGGAAGCGGCGGAGGUCCUCGCUGGCAUCUCCUGA